AUGGCAACCAAAUACUUCUUAAUUUUGGCAGUUGCUGCUGGCUUCCUGCCUGUUUUGGAGGUAAGACCAACAAAGGUAUCCAAAAACCUCUACACUAAACUCAACACAGAAUUAACAGCUGUCCAAGAAGAAAUCGUCAAUAUACAUAAUGCCAUCAGGAGAAGAGUGGUUCCACCAGCUAGGAACAUGCUGAAGAUGAAAUGGAGUGAAGAAGCUGCAGGAAAUGCUAGAAUUUUUUCAAAGUAUUGUGAUAUGACAGACAGCAACCCACUAGAGAGGCGAAUUAAAAAUACCUUUUGUGGAGAAAAUACACAUUGGGAAUCUCAUCCUAUCUCCUGGUCUCACAUAAUUAAAAUCUGGUACAAUGAGUCUAAAAAUUUUGUAUAUGGAGAAUGGACACCAAUAGAUGAGGAAUCAAGAACUGAUCAUUACACUCAGGUUAUUUGGGCCUCUUCUUACCUCAUUGGUUGUGCUGUUUCAUUAUGCCGCAAACAAGGUGUACCUCAGUAUCUCUACACUUGUCAUUAUUGCCAUGAGGGAAAUGAUCCUAACACAAUUAAUGUACCUUAUAAGAAGGGCAGCCCAUGUGAAGACUGUCCAAAUAACUGUGAAGACAGACUUUGCACUAAUCCCUGCCUCUACUAUGAUGAAUACAACGAUUGCGAGGCAAAAGUAAAACAUCCUUGGAUGUAA